AUGGUUCAGUUCAUGGAACAGCUCGUAAGUGGGGCGACACCAGCCGGUGAACUCACCGUUGAAGAGAGGAACCUUCUCUCCGUCGCGUAUAAGAACGUGAUUGGAUCUCUCCGUGCCGCGUGGAGAAUCGUGUCUUCGAUCGAGCAGAAGGAAGAGAGCAGGAAGAACGAAGAACACGUGUCGCUAGUCAAGGAUUACAGAUCUAAGGUUGAGACUGAGCUUUCUUCGAUCUGUUCAGGAAUCCUCAGGUUGCUUGAUUCGCAUCUCGUUCCUUCUGCUACUACUAGUGAGUCUAAGGUCUUUUACCUCAAGAUGAAAGGAGAUUACCAUCGUUAUCUCGCCGAGUUCAAAUCUGGUGAUGAGAGGAAGACUGCUGCUGAAGAUAC